UCUCCCACCAACACAGCUACACAAUCUUCAGCUUAGUCCUUCCACUACUACUAGCCAAUCAUCUACAGGCUACAGCGAUCAGAGUUCACAGGUCAGUCUCCACACCAACGCAGCAAGAAAAUGGCAGGUGCAGCGAAGGCGUCGUCGACGGUGGCGAUGAGCGUGGGCGCGGUGGAGGCGCUCAAGGAUCAGGCCGGCCUCUGCCGCUGGAACUACGCGCUCAGGUCCAUCCACCGGGCCGCCAAGGCCAACGUCCGCGCCGGCGUCUCCCAGGGCAAGAAGCAGCUUCAUGCCUCCGCGGCGGCGGCCGAGAAGCGGCGAGCGGAGAAGGCCGAGGAGGGGCUCAGGACCGUCAUGUACCUCAGCUGCUGGGGUCUGUACUAGUUAGUAGCUUUGGCGUGUUGUCUGCAAUAUGCAAUAACCAUAGCAUGCUGCUUGUCUAGCUACUUGGGUGGCUAGGCGCCUCCUGAUUGUAAAUAUGUGUUGCAACGUUGAUGAAAACGUUUGCUAAUAGAGUACACAUUUCAAAAAGGAAAAUGUUCAAAUUAGUCCA